UUACUAAAUUAGGAUGAACGGGUGACCUCCCCUUAAUAAAUAUGCGCCAUUUACAUGUGAUUUUUGGUAAACAAACUGUCAUUUAAUAGGAAAUCGCGAAUUUCACAACAAGAAGCGUGUUCGAGUUUUGCAGAAUUUCAUUACCAUGGAAACGGACUACGAUGUUGUGAUAAUAGGUGGUGGUGUUUGUGGGUGUUCCGUGGUUUUUGAACUCACACAGAGAGGUUACAGGUGUCUUCUUCUAGAGAAAAAUGAUACACUUGUGGCUGAAGCUAGCUCCGGUAAUAGUGGCAUGCUGCACACCGGGUUUGAUGCUCUUGAGAAAAGUUUAGAACUAGACUGUAUCAAGCGUUGUCAGUCCAGGAUAUUUCAAUUAACAGAAAAACUAGGGGUACCAGUCAAUAAAAUUGGUGCUACAAUGGUAGCCUGGAACCAGGAACAGCUAGCAAGAUUUCCCUCAGUUGUCAGCAAAUGUGCCCAAGCUGGUUUCAGUGAUGUACAUGAGCAGAGUGUUUCCCAGCUGUAUCAGAGGGAACCAUACCUCAAUAGGAGGGCAUUGGGUGCACUUUGGAUACCAGGAGAGGCUGUCACUGACCCCUGGUUACUGCCCAUCCUCCUGGCACAUGAUGCAAGACAGAAAGGAGCCCAGCUGAUUUCCUCAGCCAAGGUUGAGUCAUGUGACUGGGAUGGUACUGUAUGGAACAUACAAUCAACACAUGGAACAUUCCGUGCCAAAUGUGUUGUUAACUGUGCUGGGUUAUAUGGUGAUAUAAUAGACAGACUGGCUGGCAGAUCUCAGUUCCGUAUAAAGCCAAGGAAAGGUCAGUAUACUAUAUAUGACCACUCCGCUCACACAUUGAUAAACUCCAGUAUUGUUCCCGUACCAACAGAUAUAGGAAAAGGUGUCAUAGUCUUUAAAUCAGUGUACAAUAACGUGAUUGUUGGACCAACCGCCGAAAAUGUUGAGAGUCGACAGCAAGCUGUAAUAGAUGAUAAUAUCUGCGAGCGUUUAUAUUCUGUAGCUAGAGACACUGUGCCUGAACUUAAUAAAUACAACAUAGUUGGCCGAUACACUGGUGUGCGACCUGCCACCCAAUACAAGGAUUAUGUGAUAACUGCUGAUCAAGAUAGGAACUGGGUAACAGUAGGUGGGAUCAGAUCCACAGGCCUUUCAGGUUCUCUUGGAAUUUCCGAACUGGUAAGAGAACUUGUUGAAACUAGGAUUGGACUGGAACCAACACGUGGACAGUAUUUGACAGUGUCUGCACCAAAUGUGACAUUCACAAAAUAUGGCACCGCGGUAAUUGAUGGUCAUGAAUACAGUGUGAAACAUCCACUAACGUUUGUGGGAAAAAUGCAAAAUUUAUCUAAAAUUUAAGUCUGAUCUAAAAGUUCUUUGAUGUACAAAUAUGCUCUUAAUUGUUAUAAAAUAAAAUUUGUUUCAUGAUA